GGGAUUAAGCUAAUUGCGUUCAUGCUCCAGGGGGUGGCAGUAAUGGGCCGCUGCUGUUAAACCUCAAAGAAGAAGAAGAACUACGUGUUGUCACACACCCGGAAGUUAUGUUAAUUCAUUCCUACCGGUUUCCUCAAGUUACAUCGCAUCCCAUGGUAGCACUCUCUUCUAGACACACAAGGGAUGUUGCUGCUGGUGCUGGGUGCCCUCCUCCUGCUCUUUUGCAGUCUGGAUGUGUGGUACUUCCUACGGGGGGCCCAGGUGUUCAUCCAGGCGUGGUUCCAACCACGAAUAUGGGACAUUCUUGCUGAGCAAAGCAUUGAUGGCAUGGUCCUUCCCCAUGAUUUGGACUACAUGGGCCACAUGAACAACUCCCGAUACCUAAGGGAGUGUGACUUUGCCCGUUUCCAUCAUUACAUGCGAAAUGGGCUGUUCAUGGCCUCACGCAAACUGGGGGCCAAAAUGGUGGUAGGGGCCUCCACCAUACGCUACCGGCGCUCCCUGGCUUUCCGUGAGGCUUUUGAGAUUCGGACCAAAGUAUUGGGAUGGGAUGAGAAGGCAUUUUACUUGGAGCAGCGCUUUGUGUCCAAGGCAGAUGGUUUUGUCUCCGCGGUCAUGCUCUGCAGGCAGAAUGUGGUGCGCUGCAGCCCAGAGACCAUUAUCGAGUUUGUCUGCAAAAGGAAGAUUGAAUGUCCAGAGUUUCCCGAGGACCUCAAACACUGGAUUAGCUUCAUCUCAGCCAGCAGCCAGGCCCUGAGAGCAGAGAGUGGACUGGAAGAGAAGAACAAGUGAAGCCGCACCAUGCAUCAUGAGUGCAGACGCACAUAUCAUUAGCAUUGCACGCACAUGAACAGAAACAUACAUGCACACAAACAGUUAAAACGUCGUAGAGUUUUUAGUUGACUUACAAGAUUCCAUUUAUCUGUUUUUCAGUCGAUUGUACCUGCUGUGUAUUUUUGUGUGAUGUGAACAGAAAUACUGAACUUGAGACACCCGAGUAUGAAAACUUGAACUGUGAGGUAUUCCAUAUUUAAAAACACACUGUACUGUAUGCAUUGGGAUCCUGGUGAGAGUUGUUGCGAUACAGUGACGUAGCUUUAUCCUUGCAGCUUCUUCAGCGGUUGACUGUGAAUAGACUUGCUUCAGACAUCUUCAUUCUCAUUUAGCAAAGACUUCAGAUACGCAUGUAGAGAAAAAAAUACGGUAAUCUUCCACUGACAUCGAUGCAUGUUUUGAAACAAACAGAAGAAUUCUUUUGUGCCUGUUUCUCCGGAUUAGCUAUAGUUUACACUUACAGAGAAUUACAACCUUUUUAUGAAAAAAAAUGUACAUGUGAUGAAAUACUUGAAGGGGUGUCAUGAAUAUGUACUGACAGCUGUUUAAUCUUCCCAUCAGCAUUUUGCACAAAGUGUAACACGAGGGAGUAGAUGAGUAGUGACUUCCUGGUAAAAGUCUGAAAGGGAAUGUUUGAUUUUGAAGGAUCAUUUUUAUCAGUACAGUUUUGUUCCUUUUAACAAAUUAUAAUUCAUGCAUUGGAAGGGUCGGCUUCUUGAUUGGAACUUCAUGCAAUACCAAGACAAAAUGUUUGGAUCUGAAUUAACAGGCAUAAUAAGCAAACUGCUCCAAACCUGCAACGCACAAUGAACAAGAAUGUUUGUUUUUUUUAUCGAGGCAGCCUUUUGAAAUCUGGAAGUUUCCCCUUAAUGCAUCAAAGCUUUAUUUUGUGACCAAAGUAAUGUAUCGUCCUGUAUGAAGAGGAAACAAAAAUCAUUUUAUGAAGAUGUAUGUGACCUGUUAUUUAUCUUGUUAAUGCACUGACAACAAAUCCUGUCCACUUAGAUUAAUUUUGAAAAUAUGCACUGUCCUUUUAUUUUCCACUUAUAUAUGAUUUGUUGAAAUUAAUUUGUGUACCAAACUUUAUUUACUGUCUUUAUUUAUUUGAAGGCAUUUUGAAUUAAAAAUGCAUUGGAACCUA